AUGGCUGCAACCGCUCCUUCCGCAGUCCGUUAUGCUCCCGAGGAUCAUUCUCUCCCCAAGCCGUGGAAGGGACUUGUUGAUGAUCGAACUGGAUACUUGUAUUUUUGGAAUCCCGAGACCAACGUUACUCAAUACGAGCGACCUCAACCUCCUUCCAACUUACCUGUAAGCUCCUCCGCCUCCGUUCAGGUUCCUCAAGCCUCUGCCGUACCAAAUGGUAGUAGCUAUGCUCCUGCCAAGGGUGGUGAUGAUAAGUACUCUAGAGCCACCACUGACGGUGGGCCUAGGCGCUCGAGGUUUAGUGAGAUUGAUGACAGGAGUGGAGCGCCGUAUUUGAUUGGGGCUGCCAAUGGACUUGGGAACUCUCUUCCUCCUUCAUCUGCUCCAGUUAGUGAUCUUUCUCCGGAGGCCUAUUGCCGCCGUCAUGAAAUUACUGUCAGCGGGGGCCAAGUACCAGCACCUCUAAUGUCCUUUGAAACUACUGGUUUUCCUCCUGAGCUUCUGCGCGAGGUACUCAAUGCAGGUUUCUCUGCUCCAACUCCAAUUCAAGCUCAGUCGUGGCCAAUUGCGAUGCAAGGUAGGGACAUAGUUGCCAUUGCUAAAACUGGCUCGGGAAAAACUUUGGGUUACUUACUUCCUGGAUUUAUGCAUCUUCAACGCGUCCGGAAUGAUUCGCGAAUGGGCCCAACAAUCUUGGUACUGUCUCCAACCAGGGAGCUUGCCACACAAAUCCAAGACGAGGCUGUUAAAUUUGGGAGGUCGUCAAGAAUUUCAUGCACAUGCUUGUAUGGUGGUGCACCGAAGGGUCCCCAGCUGAGGGAUUUGGAAAGAGGAGCUGAUAUCGUGGUUGCAACUCCUGGACGGUUGAAUGACAUCCUUGAGAUGAGGAGAAUUAGUCUGCGUCAAGUAUCUUAUCUUGUGCUAGAUGAGGCAGAUAGAAUGUUGGACAUGGGUUUCGAACCGCAAAUAAGGAAGAUUGUGAAAGAGAUUCCUACUAAGCGCCAAACACUUAUGUACACAGCUACAUGGCCAAAGGGAGUCAGGAAGAUUGCAGCGGACUUGCUUGUUAACCCUGCUCAGGUCAACAUUGGUAACGUCGACGAGCUUGUGGCUAACAAGUCGAUCACACAGCACAUUGAAGUGGUAGCACCAAUGGAGAAACAGAGGAGGUUAGAGCAGAUAUUGAGGUCUCAGGAACCAGGCUCGAAGGUGAUAAUAUUCUGCUCAACCAAAAGGAUGUGCGACCAGCUAACUCGCAAUCUGACCCGCCAAUUUGGAGCUGCUGCCAUACAUGGAGACAAGUCACAGCCUGAGAGAGACAAUGUUCUGAAUCAAUUCCGCAGUGGCAGGACUCCGGUUCUUGUUGCAACUGAUGUUGCUGCUCGUGGGCUGGACGUUAAGGACAUCAGGGCGGUCAUAAACUAUGAUUUCCCCAACGGAGUGGAAGACUAUGUGCAUAGAAUCGGAAGAACUGGUAGAGCUGGAGCGACUGGUCAGGCAUUCACGUUCUUCGGCGAUCAAGACUCGAAACAUGCUUCGGAUCUGAUCAAGAUCUUGGAAGGAGCAAACCAGCGAGUUCCUCCCCAAAUCCGCGAUAUGGCUGCACGUGGUGGCGGUGGAAUGAACAAAUUCAGCCGUUGGGGUCCAUCUUCCGGAGGUCGAGGGGGCAGCUCUGGUUAUGGUGGCAGAGGUGGCGGCUCUGGUUAUGGUGGCAGAGGUAGCGACUCUGGUUAUGGUGGCAGAGGUGGCUUUGGUUCACGUGACAGUGGAAUGGGAAGUAGAAGCAGCAAUGGAUGGGGAAGAGAGCGUGAAAGGAGUCGUAGCCCGGAGAGAUUCAACAGAGUUCCACCUCCGUCUUCUACUGGAUCUCCUCCUCGCAGCUUCCAUGAAGCCAUGAUGAAACACCGAUGAAAGGGAAGUGGAUACAAAGGACAAGCUCCAGUCCCCGAGUGAAGAAGAAGAGGAAGAAUGUGUUUUGAGUAUUUCUACAAUUGACAUUUUUACAUAUAUAUUUUUGGCCGGUGAAGAACGUACGUGAAAAGCAAGCCACUCUAAGCCUCAUUAAAAAACUACAAAUGCUUGUUUUCUUUAUGUAGUUUUUUGUAUUUCUUUAUAAACUCUUAGAUUGUUGUUUUGAUAGGUAAAACUUUAUAAUUUAAACAUGAUAUUUACUUCAUAUUUCCUUA